GCGCACCCAGACGCUCUUCUGCUCCAGCCCUCGUCGCCCGGUCAUGGGUCUCGGGCGCGAGGCCACCCUGUCUGCGGCGUGACGGGCGGCUCAGAUGGUCACCAUGGGCCAGUGCUACUACAAUGAGACCAUCGGCUUCUUCUACAACAACAGCGGCAAGGAGCUCAGCUCCCACUGGCGGCCCAAAGAUGUGGUUGUGGUGGCACUGGGGCUGACUGUCAGCGUGCUGGUGCUGCUGACCAACCUGCUGGUCAUCGCGGCCAUCGCCUCCAACCGUCGCUUCCACCAGCCCAUUUACUACCUGCUUGGCAACCUGGCCGCAGCUGACCUCUUUGCCGGUGUAGCCUACCUCUUCCUCAUGUUCCAUACAGGCCCGCGCACAGCCCGGCUCUCACUUCAGGGCUGGUUCUUGCGGCAGGGCCUGUUGGACACGAGCCUGACGGCGUCCGUGGCCACACUCCUGGCCAUCGCUGUGGAGCGGCACCGCAGUGUGAUGGCUGUGCAGCUGCACAGCCGCCUGCCCCGAGGCCGGGUCAUCAUGCUCAUCGUGGGCGUGUGGGUGGCCGCGCUGGGCCUGGGGCUGCUGCCCGCCCACUCCUGGCACUGCCUCUGCGCCCUGGACCGCUGCUCGCGCAUGGCCCCCCUGCUCAGCCGCUCCUACCUGGCCGUCUGGGCCCUGUCCAGCCUGCUCGUCUUCCUGCUCAUGGUGGCUGUCUACACUCGCAUCUUCUUCUAUGUGAGGCGGCGGGUGCAGCGCAUGGCAGAGCAUGUCAGCUGCCACCCCCACUACCGUGAAACCACGCUCAGCCUGGUCAAGACUGUUGUCAUCAUCCUGGGGGCGUUUGUGGUCUGCUGGACACCGGGCCAGGUGGUGCUGCUUCUGGAUGGUCUGGGCUGCAAGUCCUGCAACGUCCUGGCUGUGGAGAAAUAUUUCCUACUCUUAGCCGAGGCCAACUCGCUGGUCAACGCCGUGGUGUACUCAUGCCGAGAUGCUGAGAUGCGCCGCACCUUCCGCCACCUCCUCUGCUGUCUGUGCCUUCGCCGGUCCACCCACAAGUCUGUUCGCUACACAUCCUCCACCCAGACAGGCCCUAGCACUCGCAUCAUGCUUCCUGAGAAUGGCCAUUCCCUGAUGGACUCCACCCUUUAG